GCAGUUAUUUUCAUAGCAGAUAAAGAAAAAAAAAAAAUUAAAAGCACAUUGAGAGAAAAAUUUUUUCUCAAACACACAAAAGACUCAUCGAGUCAUUAUUAAAAAAAAUUAAUAUCAAUUAUAUAGUUUUAACAACUUAAAUAUUAAAUAGUAAUUAGCUAUUUGUUAACGUUCUAUUUUUUUUUUUUUUUUAUUUGUUUAAGUUUAAUUAACAUAAUAAAAUAACAAUGACUGAUAAUCAAGAGAAAUCAGAAAUUGUUAACACCGACAAUACAAUUGACGCGGAAAAAUUUAAAGAAGCGGCUAAUGAACAUUUUAAAAAUCAAUCAUAUGAUAAAGCAAUUGAGUUAUAUACAAAAGCAAUUGAACUCAAUUCAUCAAUGGCAUCAUAUUAUGGUAAUCGAAGUUUUGCAUAUCUAAAAACUGAAUGUUUUGGUUAUGCACUUAAUGAUGCGUCAAAGGCCAUUGAGCUAGACAGAAAUUAUGUAAAAGGUUAUUAUCGUCGUGCUGCUGCCUAUAUGUCAUUGAGUAAAUUUAAAUUGGCUUUAAAAGAUUUUGAGACUGUAAUGAAAGCAAGACCAAGUGAUGCUGAUGCUAAAGCAAAAUAUACUGAAUGUAAUAAAAUUGUUAAAAAAUUAGCAUUUGAAAAAGCCAUAUCACUUGAUAAUGAUAAAAAAAAUAUUGCUGAUACAAUUAAUUUAGAUGCAAUGGCAAUUGAGGAUGAUUAUACUGGACCAAAACUUGAUGAUGGACAAAAAGUAACAUUGGAAUUUAUGAAAGAAUUGCUCAAAUGGUAUAAAGAAGAAAAUAAACCACUUCAUAGAAAAUAUGCUUAUAAAAUUCUUUUAGAUAUUAAAACAUGGUUUAUGGCACAACCAACAUUAGUUGAUGUUCCAAUACCAGAUGAUUCUAAAUUUACUGUUUGUGGUGAUAUACAUGGACAAUUUUAUGAUCUUUUAAAUAUAUUUGAGCUCAAUGGUUUACCAUCAGAAACAAAUCCAUAUUUAUUCAAUGGUGAUUUUGUUGAUCGAGGUUCUUUUUCAGUUGAAUGUAUAUUUACAUUAUUUGGAUUUAAAUUAUUAUUUCCAAAUCAUUUCUUCAUGUCAAGAGGUAAUCAUGAAUCAGCAAUUAUGAAUCACAUGUAUGGUUUUGAUGGUGAAGUUAAAGCAAAAUAUACAGCACAAAUGGCAGAGCUAUUUACUGAAGUAUAUAAUUGGUUACCACUUGCACAUUGUUUAAAUAAAAAAGUACUUGUUAUGCAUGGUGGUUUAUUUUCACGUGAUGAUAUAACACUUGAUAAUAUACGUGAAACUGAUAGAAAUCGUCAACCACCAGAUGAAGGAAUAAUGUGUGAAUUAUUAUGGUCUGAUCCACAACCACAAUUAGGUAGAGCACCAAGUAAAAGAGGUGUUGGUGUACAAUUUGGACCAGAUAUUACAGAAAAUUUCUUAAAAUUAAAUGGACUUGAUUAUAUUAUACGUAGUCAUGAAGUUAAAAAUGAUGGUUAUGAAAUCGGUCAUGAUGGUAAAUGUAUAACUGUUUUUUCUGCUCCAAAUUAUUGUGAUACAAUGGGUAAUCGUGGUGCAUUUAUUACAAUUACUGGUAAUGAUAUGAAACCUAAAUUUACAUCAUAUGAUGCAGUUCCUCAUCCAGAUAUCAGGCCAAUGCAGUAUGCUAGAUCAUUAAUGAAAUUCAUGAUGUAAUCGAAAUAACAAAAAUUAGGAACCGAGUAAAUAAAUGACGAUUGAAGUGGUGUUAUUAUUAUUAUUAUUAUUUUCUUUUUCUUUUUGUUAUUAAAAUGUAAGAAAAUGAGUUAAUCAAUGAGAAUGAGACUAACG